UUCCUUCUCCAAUGCCAGUGGUAGCUGCGAGGGCACCCCGGAAAGUCCUGGGCUCUGGAAAUGCUAAUGUGAGUUCCUCUCCUACAUCACGGAAAGCUGAGAGUAAGUACACGGGUGGCAACCCAGUGUGCGUGAGACCAAUUCCGCCAUGGCAAAAAGGAAUUGGAGAAUUCUUCUGUCAGUCCUCAAAGCAUUCAGAGAAAGAGAACCAGGUCUCUGACGAUGAGGAGCCAGGAUGCAGCGGAAUAGAAAAGCAUAGACGAAAAGCCCGUCCUCUGCCUCCUUACUCUACAGAACAUGAAGCAUCCUCGGAAGAGGAACAAAUGUGAGCUUGUCUCACCACUUCUGCUCAAAGGUCUUGCCAUGUACCAUAUCUGAGGUGGCUUUGUGUGUACAUCUGUAUAUAUUACAAAUAUUUGGUUUGAAUACAAGUCUUUAUAAAAGCCUAGCAUGCUGUUUCGUUUACUGAAUUGACCUAAAACUUGAAUGACUGUAAGGGAAUUGAGGAUAUUAAAAUUUCCUAGGAGCUUAGCUAUCAAUAAAGCGUUGCAGUGCUGAGUUAAUUGGUAACCAAUUGAUGUUAAAUGCUCUUUGCUUCUUUGUGCACUUCCUAUACUUCAAUGCCAUGUGAGUGUUAAGACUGUCUUGUUAAAACUUUGUUGCACAACCUCCAACUGUAUUUUGAUGGGAUAUGCCUUCCCUUUCGUUCUGAGACCUUGAGAAGGUUGAACUGAAAGUAUCUG